AGGGAGGUCGUCAAAUUUCGAUAUUUUUUUCGACAUAAAAUAAACAGCGACUCCACGCAUUCCCCCGUUCUAAUACCGUCCGUCGCUCCUCGCCGCUUCAGUCCAGGCGACCACGUGACAAUAGUUGCUGUCUUCGGCGCGAUUUUUCAUUUCGGAAAACCUCUGUAAACAUAACACUGUGAAGAUGGAAGAAUCACUGGACGGUCGUGAAGCAGGCGCAGUAACAGCAGGCUUCGAUUCGGCGGCCAUUUUGAAUGACGAUGUCUCACCCACCACCAGCUUCUGUUACAAUAUUCCUAAUCUUUUCAAUGGGCUCGGUCCAGGAUCAGUUCUAUGCGAACGACCAGAAACUGAAGUAGGCGAGACCUAUACACCUACGGAGAAUGCAGAGGAUGCUGGCGACAACCAACAGUAUGAAGAAGAUGAAGAAUAUUCACCAAAUUCAAAUUCCAAAAGCGAUAUACCAAAAAGAAAACAACGAAGGUACAGGACAACCUUUUCAAAUGUACAACUAGAACAACUAGAGGCUGCCUUCCACAAGACCCACUACCCAGAUGUGUUUUUCAGGGAAGAACUGGCGAUGAGGAUAGACCUGACUGAAGCUAGAGUUCAGGUAUGGUUCCAAAACCGCCGAGCAAAAUGGCGAAAGCAACAAAAAGCGGGCUGUGAACCAUAUCCAGCCAGAUCCACCAGAUCUCCCGACCCUCGCUCCCCGUCAGCUUUAGCCUUGGAAAUGAGAGACUUCAUUACUAUACCUGUUUCCUCAUCACAAAUCAUCAGUUUAGCCGAAUCAAACCAAAGUGGAUACUCAUCGAAGUCAAAACAACCGGGACCAGCUAUACAUAUAUCAGCUUUACCAACUAGACAAAACCCUCAAGUCGACCUACCUUCCUUCUCAAUACCACUCCAAUACAACUUAGGGUCAUUCAAGAAGUUAGGAGAAGACACACAGUUAGAUCUAGAAGCUUCCACAUCAGAAAAUGUUCCUCAACACCAUUGGGAUACUCGAAUGAUGCCUAACUUUAAUCUAAUGAACAUAAAACCACUUUUAGAUAACAGAGAAAGCUUAGACAUGUCUGAAGUAAAAUAUGAAGUAAAGAAUGAGAAUAGACAGUUCAAUGAAAUUCCUAGUUCAAUCCAAGCGUCAAUAGAGCCUGAAGAUAUUUUAGGUAAAGAAACUGUAAGCGAAGGACAAACUAUCUCACCAGAUUUUGAAAUUGAAAGAUAUCAAAAUUAUCACAAUGAAAAUGAUAAAAGGUACAGAGACUCGAGUUUUGAUGAGUCAAUGAUCGAAGAUGGAAGAAACGAUUUUGUUUGUGACAACGAUUUUCUUUGUAAAAACAAUUUUGAAAAGAUAGAUGAGAAACGCAAUGAUUUUGAAGAAUGCCAUUUGUUGGAUACUGAUAAUAGUGUAGCUGUUAAUAUUAAUAAUUUUGAUAAUAAUCUAUAAUGAUAAGAAGUCCAAUAUUCUUGACGUAUAGAUUAUGUAUUUAGAUUUUAAAUGAAAGCUCUCUUCCAGAUUAGCUCUUUUCACUGUAUAUUGAUUUACCAAAUAUCAACGAAUUGAAAAAAUAAAAUAGAAUGGCUAUUCCAAACAAAAAUCGUGUUUCACAACGCUGUCAAAUCAAACAGACACUGACUAUCAUUGGCGUAGGAGGAAUCUACUGCCCACCAAAUUAGAAUACAAUAAUUAAAUAGAAAGGUUACAAUAAUUCUUGUAUAGAAUAACUAAUCUAGCGCGUAGUAAAAAUACAGAUCGUUGUCAGAUGUGGUGCGAUCAUAGCGCAAAUGUAUGUAAAAUAAAACUCUCUAGAUAUACCUACGUAUGCUUUUAUCUGUGCCUUAACUUUGUCUCCAUUCAUGUCCAACUAGUUACUAGAUGUAAUUCUCAACAUG